AUGGAGGAAAUCGAGGAUUUGUGUGGUAAUUUACAUUUAAUUGAGGAAGAGGAAAAAUUAGUUGCAUGUCCAAUGGGAAAUGACGAGGAGAUUCUACGGAAGGGUGAUAGGAGUUUAGUGGGGAAGAUUUGUGUUGAUCGAGCAGUUGGAAAGGAAAUUGUAGUAAACACAAUGGGGAAAAUCUGGAGAAUUAGCAAAAGGGCUAGUUUUCUUGAAGUGGAAAAGAACGUCUUUAUUAUUACUUUUGCAAAUCAUGCGGAUAGGCAGCGAGUCCUUGAGGGGAAACCAUGGUUGUUUGAAAAUUAUCUCUUUAUAUUGAAGGCUUAUGAGGGCGGCCUUCAACCUGACAAGCUGAUCUUUAAUGUUGAAUAUUUCUGGUUGCAGAUUUAUAAUCUGCCUUUGGGCCUCAUGACAAAGAAGUGGGGAGAGUGUAUUGGACAGUCUGUGGGACAAGUUCUUGACGUCGAUGUCGAUGAGGAUGAUAUCGGAUGGGGGAAGUACCUGAGAGUGCGGAUAAAGUUGGAUUUGCAUAAGCCAAUUACUCGUGGUCGAAUUAUUAUGGUGCAUGGCAAAAAGAUACGGCUGGCGUUCAAAUAUGAGAAGCUUCCACGGUUUUGUUUUAACUGUGGUUGGAUUUUACAUGGAAAUUCUGGGUGUUCGUCUACUACUGCUCCUGAUAAUUCAAUAAAUCCACAAUUCGGCCCUUGGCUUCGGGCAGAUGAUAUCUUCAAACGUCGAACCCCCAACUCCUAUUCUAAUGCAAGCUCUGAAGGAAGAAUGGGAGGACUGACAAACAAUGAUCCCGUAGCCCCAGUAAAUGAUGGUGAAGUUUCAGUGGGUAAUAUUGGUAUAGGGCAGCGAUGGAAGGAUUUCAGGCAGGGUAAUUUUGGAUUUUUUGAUAAGUCCAAUGGCAAAAUGGUUGCCGAAGAAAUCUGCAUGCAUGCGUGA